GUUCUCCGACCUCACAUUCACCAAGCAGAGACUUCACGCCAUGCAAUCCCAGCCAGCAAACGCCACCCAAGCCAAGGAUCGCCACUACAUGCAGCUCGGCCACAGCCUGGCUAGGCUCGCCCGCGCCAUUGGUCAGACUGCCGAUCUUAGCGAGAUGAUGAAGACAAACUUGGACGCUAUGCGUGUUCUCUCUGCUUCACAUGCAGCGCAAUUUAUGACCGUGGCUAUGGAGCUCAACCACCCCGAUGACGAUGACGAUCGCCGCGAGUAGGCCGUUCCCGUACAUUCAUGGAGGCUGCUUGGUGCUCUCAGCCACAUGCCUUCCGCCCUCCAGGUCUUGCGACCCAGACCGCCCCGACCAGUCAACCGUUCCCCUAGUUAGCCAGACUUGGUGAACAUACUCCCGAGAAUGCGUAUGCUUCUGGUCCAGUCCGCGACCCCAACUAGAUUUGGGAUCUGGUCCCCUUCUGUCGAAUUGUGAAGGCCAUCCAGAAGAUUUUGAACAAACCCCCACUCAUCCCGCAGUCCAGCCGCUCUCCCCUCUCCCGCCGUGCACUAUCUCUCAAGGCUUGUUCCUGCCAUCUUAGACAAGGCGCCGUAGUUAC